AUGACGAUCCCCGUCCUGCCAACACGCGAGCUCGUCGUCGACCUGCUCGUUGGCGAACGAGAGGCGGUUUCGGACCAAGUCGUCGCUGUCUCGGCUUCACUCUGGGAUGUUCUUCGCGCGUCUUCCUCGAGCUCGGUUGGCGCAUCCACCUCCAAGCCGGCUUCAUUGUCGCACAAGAUCGCAAUCAGCUUACGGCCAUCGUCUGGACGCCAACUACGACUCUCCAACCUACCCGCUCUGGUCAUAUAUGCCGUCAAAAGCACCCAAGAAGUUGCCGGAUUCUGGCUCGAAGCUUCCAAGGGCGUCGCUUCCGCCUUGCGCUCAUCCACUCGAUCCUACCGCUCUGACCAACCCAGGCGCGUCUAUGUCGAGCUUCACACGCCCGUCCAAGCCUCUCUCGUCUAUCUGCAAGCGACGUCAUUGACGAGCUACGAUGCGGCCAACGAGAGCCAGGACGAGCUGGUGCGGCAUCUGGAUGGCAAAAUCUUGCGCCAAGGGCAAGUCAUCCGUCCACAGCUUGGAAUGUCCGUCACACCUCUUCGAGUUGUCAUGGUCGAGCCUUUGUUGCAGGUUGUCUUUACCGCAGACUCGGCAGAGGUGCUCCUUACGCUGCAAGAGGAUGGCACAGAGGCGGACCUUCUAGACAACUCCAUGAUCUCGAGCGUAACCGAGGACUCCUUCUCCAUCACAUCAGCGAGCGACGCCGGGAUUUCAGCACAAGAAGCAUCCGAUAGCCCCGACGAGCGCCAGGAUGACGACGACGAUCUCGAGAUCGACGAACGCUUCUUAGCUCAGACCGUUUUGCAGGACUUUUCCAACCUCGACAUCUCGAUCGAUCCAUCCGCAGAUGGCAGAGCAACAAGUGUCCUUUCGCGCCGCCCCAAGGAGACCAGUCGUGUCAAGCGCUGCAAUCUCGAGCUGCUUCAAGACCCGUCUACGUUGGUGGCCGCCAUCUCCCACUGGUUCACGCAGGCGUCCACCUCUUCCGAACCUUCCCCUCUCACCGGUGCUGCACAUGACAACAUCGACGAAGAGAACGUGGUGCUCGCCACCGAAAAGGAGAUGGCCUCUCUCGGCGCGUUCAACGGAGACUGGCUCGCAGCCAGCGCUCAGGGUGACUCGGCGACGAGACUGGUGCGCAUUCUAUCCAGCAACGAUCUACCUGCCACUACAGACGGUUCCGUGACCGUACAUGUGUCUCCAAUCCUCGCGCAAAAUAUCCUUGGCGACCAAGUCUUUUCCCCUUCCGCGCGCAGCGUCGUGCUUCGCGUGCUUGGAUCGCGGCCAUCGCCACAAGAGCAAGACGUCUCGGCCCUGGUCAGGUCGUGUCCCGUUCCCGUGCCUUUUGCAGAGAGCCUGCGCAUCGCCCGUGUAGCCGGACCUUUGAGCGUAGAUCGAGCCUAUCAGGGCCUCUUUCUAGACGCUUUGCGCACCUUUUUCGAGGACCGCCGACGCAUCUGUCGAAACGGCGACGUGAUUGCUGUCGCCAUUGAGGCCAGCAAGGCCCGUUUCGUCAGCAGAGAAGCCGAACAGGAUGGCAACGCGGACUCUACGCCCGACGACAUUCACGAGCUCCGACUUCCUUCGGGUCCGGGAGCAGCCAAGACGGCCACCGUCUACUUCAAGGUAACCGACCUGCGUUCCGAGCUCGUUGCACCAGACAGUGCAGCUGCGAGUCAGAUCAAGGACGAGGCGAUCCGCACGCUUGCAUUGCAGUCACAGACUGGCGAGCUGGGAUGCAUUGUCGAUCCCAACGUCACCAAGAUGGUUCAGACGGGCGUCGAGCAGUGCCGAGUCGCCAACUGCGAUCGCUGGCUCAGCGUCUCUUCGGAUACGCCUAGCUUGCCCACCGAGCUGACGUCGACAGAGCUGCGCAAUCUGGUCGCUCCGCUCGUCGCGCCCUCCAGUCCGUAUGCAACGCUCUCGUCGCUCCUCACGGCGACCCUGCAGAGUAACGCAAGCAGAUUCGGAUUGCAUCUCAGCGUGCUGCUCAAGGGCGCUCGUGGAUGUGGCAAAAAGACGGUGGCGCGGUGGGUCGCCAAAGCUGCCGGUGUCCAACUGGUCGAACUGGACUGCUUUGAUGUCAUCUCCGACACCGACGUGCGCACCGAGGGCAUCUUGCGUGCUCGCUUCCAAAAAGCGGCCGAGUGCGCACCCUGCAUCUUUCUUCUCCGAAACAUCGAAGCCCUCGCUAGAAAGAGCCAGGCUCUCGAGACAGGUCAGGAACCUCCUCUGGCCACAGCGUUGCAAAACUGUUUCGAAGAGCUGUGGAGUGUGGCAAAAGAGCAAGGUGCUGCUGGGCAGGCUGCGGUGCCCGUGGCGGUGUUUGGCACCACCAGCGACCCGGACAAGUGUCCCUCGGGCGUGCUGAGCUGCUUCAAGCAUGACGUGAGCUUCAACGCACCUAACGAGGCUGAAAGGCGGGCGAUGCUCGAGAUCACGAUGAAGGACUCGAUUCUGGGACCGGACGUGGACCUCAAGAACCUUGCCACACAGACGGCAGCGCUAGUGGCUGCGGACCUGGUCAAUCUCGCCUCGCGAUCUAAAUUGUCAUCGAUCAGCCGCGUUCGGAAAGCGCUUCCGGCUGCAGCCUCAGCCGUCUCGGAUCGUGAUCUGUUCCUAGCCGGACUCGCCAUCACGGGGACUGACCUGGACGAGGCGCUGAACAAGGCGCGCUCGAGCUACUCGGAGUCGAUCGGCGCGCCCAAGAUCCCCAACGUUACUUGGGACGAUGUCGGUGGGCUGGCAUCCGUGAAAUCGGACAUCCUCGACACGAUCCAGCUCCCGCUCGAGCAUCCGGAACUGUUCAGCGAUGGACUGAAGAAGCGAUCGGGUAUCUUACUCUACGGUCCGCCAGGAACGGGCAAGACGCUGCUGGCGAAGGCGGUGGCGACGUCGUGCUCGCUCAACUUUUUCUCAGUCAAAGGCCCCGAGCUACUCAACAUGUACAUCGGUGAAUCGGAGGCCAACGUGCGCCGCGUCUUCCAGCGCGCAAGGGACGCUAAGCCGUGCGUUAUCUUCUUUGACGAGCUCGACUCUGUGGCUCCAAAACGAGGCAACCAGGGUGACAGUGGCGGAGUAAUGGACCGCAUCGUCUCGCAACUUCUGGCGGAGCUCGACGGCAUGGCAGGCUCGUCCGAAGGAAGCGACGUGUUCGUCAUCGGCGCCACCAACCGCCCGGAUCUGCUCGACCCGGCUCUGCUCCGACCAGGUCGCUUUGACCGCAUGCUCUACCUCUCCGUCUCCGAAACGCACGCUGCGCAGCUCAACAUCCUGCAGGCCCUCACGCGCAAGUUCAAGCUGGACCCCGAUGUCGGCGACCUGAGCUGCAUCGCCGAGCAGUGUCCGUUCAACCUGACGGGAGCUGAUUUCUACGCACUGUGCUCCGACGCCAUGCUCAAGGGCAUGACGCGCAAAGCGUCCGAAGUAGACGAGCGGAUUGCCGAGAUCAAUGCGACGCCCGGAAGCAAGUCGCACCCGCACCCGUUGACGGCGCAGUACUAUUUGGCAGAGAUGGCAAGUGCGGAGGAGAUCGAAGUGAAGGUGAACCGGAGAGACUUUGAGAUGGCGCUGCACGAGCUGACGCCGUCCGUAAGCGAGCAGGAGAUGCAACACUACCGGGAAGUUCAGGCAAAGUUUUCGGCCCCGAAGAAGGAGGAGGAGAAGGUGAAUGUCAAUGGGGCUAUGGACGACGCCGUGGACGAGGAACAGCUGUUGGCAGCGUUCAAAGCUGCUGCGGCCAACGGGGUCGGCGGAGGUGCGUCUAGACCGGAUCUGAAGCAGCUACUUGCUAAAGCUGACACAAAAGAUCAGGCUGACAACGAAGACGAGCAGGCAGCUGCCGAAGCCAGGCGUAGGGCCAAGGGUAAAGGCAAAGCCUAG